AUGGCCUUCGUCAAAAAGCUCACCUUCGAAUCAAACGACCUCGGCAUAGACCUCAACCUUCUUCUCACUUUCGACGAUCAGUCUAUCGCUGAUGGCCUGUACAAGAACUGUUACCCAUCGGCUUUUGCGGUCAAGAAAUUUGGGGCCGAUGGCACCUACCGUGCCGAUGUUACAUAUCGAUCACAACUUGCGUUCACCAAGGUUACUGUGUCCAAAGAUGUCAUCCAAAGUGCUUCGACCAACGUUCCUAUUAGUGUUGGGCAAUCCACCAUUUUAACCAAGGAAGGCGAAGUAUACCGUUUUUUCCUGCCGGAGAAAAACAUUCAAUGCACAAACAACGCACCAUUCAAGGAGGAUAUAGGUGUUGGUUUCAUUGAGAAGGAAGGGGACGCACCCAAGACAACUCUAGUUUGGCGCGACGUAGCGCACGGGCAGAAGUUGAACUCAGAGUUUGCUCCCGUUCUACGCGGGUAUAUUGGCACGGACUACCAGGAGAAUUGCUUGAUCAAGGGCCAAGUCGAGACCGAUCGUCUCUUCGAACAAAAUCUCGCUGCUCUCGGCGACCACACUACGUGGGCCAUCACGUAUGAUCCCUCCACUGGAGUCGUCAGCAUCGAUGCGAAGUGA